AUCAAAACCAUUCUGCAUUUUUCCAUUGUCUUUCCUUUUGACCCAAAAUUCACUCAACCCAAAUUUAAGACCAAUUCUACUCUCAUUUUCUUCAAAACCCCAACUGCAAAAUCCUUUCUUUCUCAUAAAAAAUGUCAUCUUUUACAUUCUCAACCUUCAUUCUCACAAUCUUGUUAUCUCUGACUCCCAUACUAUGCACCAAUUCUGAAGGAAAUGCUUUACAUGCUUUGAGAACCAGGCUUUCUGACCCUAAAAAUGUAUUACAGAGUUGGGAUCCUACACUUGUAAAUCCUUGUACAUGGUUUCAUGUUACUUGUGACUCUAAUAAUCAUGUUAUUCGUUUGGAUUUGGGAAAUUCUAAUAUUUCAGGAUCUUUAGGCGCAGAGCUUGGUGAACUCAAACAUCUUCAAUACUUGGAACUUUACUGGAACAACAUAGAAGGCAAAAUCCCAAAGGAAUUAGGGAAAUUGAAAAACCUCGUCAGCAUGGAUUUAUAUGGAAAUAAAUUCGAAGGCAGAAUCCCAAAAUCUUUCUCCAAGUUGAAGUCUUUAAGAUUUCUGCGAUUAAACAACAAUAAGCUGUCCGGAACCAUUCCAAGGGAGCUCACAACUCUUUCUGACCUUAAAGUUUUCGAUGUUUCUAACAACAAUCUUUGUGGCACAAUACCAGUUGAUGGCCCUUUCACUAAUUUCCCAAUGGAAAGUUUUGAAAACAACAGAUUGAACGGACCAGAGCUGCAAGGACUUGUCUCGUACGAUUUUGGAUGCUAAGUUACUAAAUAUACGCAUUGUAGUCGCAGCAAUGUAUUUAGCAAGAAGCAUUCCUUCUUCCAACUAGUGACCCUUUUUUUUCUUGUAUUUUAUAAGCAUGAAAAAACACAAUAGUUACUAAAUAACCCUAUUAAGUGGAGACUGUAGAAUCUUUCAUUGUGUCUAAAAUUAUUGAAAGUUUACUUCAUAUGAUUACUGGUAUGUGUUUCGGAACAUAUUUAUAAACAUUAUCCGAUAUUUCAGUUUUAAUA